AUGGAGGAAGAUGUGGAGAAGGAGGAGAGAAGGGCCAGGAGAAGAGAGAAACGACAGAGACGCCAACGCAGAUUUGAACGCCGACGCAAACGACAGGAAGCCAACAAAAUAUUGGAGAUUGUCAUGAAUUCGACGUGUGGAUUCAUUGAGAUAUUACGCCGCCAAAAGGCCAAUGACAAUGACAAUGACAAUGACAAGCACCGCAAGAGCAGAUCCAAGGACAAGCGCAAGCACAAGGAUAGACACAAGCACAAGGAUAGACACGAUGACAAGCCCAGACGCAAGCACAAGGACAGAUCCAAACGCAAGCACUCGGGCAAGCACUCGGGCAAUGACAAGGACAAGGACAGAGAAAGGAGACGCUCUCGCCGUCGUCGCAAGCGGUUGAUCAUGUGUGGCAAUGUCUCCUCCACAAUGUCACUGCUUCAAGAUGAUGAUUGUCCGAUGAUGCUCAUGCCACAAGACGACACAUGCCCGGAAUGGACUCCCUCGCAGCGCCAGAUGAUGAGAUGGGCAAGCAAACCAUCGAUGGAUGCCCGCCACAUGACAACAAUACUCAUCCAGCUUAUUUUUGCCUUGGUAUGCACCUUUCUCCGCCGUCUCGCGGCGCCCAUCCCAACGACAAUGGUCCUCACAAGAGGAAGCCGAGGCCGACAAGCGAAAACAAAGCGAGGCCGGUGCCGACGCCAAUAUCGACGUUCCCCUGGUGACCAGCGACCAAGGAAAAAGGCGACGGAGGAGAUAACAUUUAGUGUGACGCAACCAAAUUGGAGAUGA